AUGGCGUCGAAAGAGGUUGUUGCUGAUGUUGAUUAUGUAGCUGUUAAGUUAGAUAUGCAUGUGCCAAGGCUGUUCAAUGUUUGGUAUAAGAUAAAGGGGAGGACUUGGUCAAGUGGGAAAAAGGAGAUUGUGAGUGACAGUGAUGUCCAAGGCUUGCUAGAGACAAUAAACAAGGAUAAGGUUGUUAUAGUUUAUUGUACUAGCCCUGAAUUGGCAAUUAAAGACAAAGAGGAGGCAGAAAAAACCAACAAAGGGGUAGACAGGGUUGAUGAGCAUACUGAGAACACCACCACCAAAAAGAAACUGUUCUCUGACAGUGUGAAAGGGAAGAACAAAUUGGGUGAAGAGGAAGGUACUUCUAGGCAAACAGGGAAGAAGGGAAAGGGAAAAGCAAAAGGGAAAAGGAAGAAGAAGUGUAAGAGUGAGGUGGACUUGGAAUCAGACUUUGGAUCUGAUUCAUCAAACUCUGAUACUACCAUAGAGUGGGAAGUUGGGGAAGAAGAGGGGGAUUUUGAGGAGGGGGAGUUUCAAGAUCUAGAUGACAGUGUGGGCAAGAUAUUAGCAGAAGUGAAUGCUAGUGUAAAAUGUGUGCAAGAUGACAGUGAUAAAGAGUUGCAGCUCCCUGAGUACAACCUUGAGAGUGAACUGUUGAGAAAUGAGGUUGCUGUAGAGAGAGAGUUUACAUCUGACUCUGAGGAGUUGGAUAGCCCUAGAGGUUCUGAAGAGGAGCAAGACAAUUGCCCAACUUUCCAUCCACAGACUGACUUCAAAAAACCCAUUGAAUUGGUCAAAGGUUUGAAGUUCCAGAACAACAAAAUUCUGAGGAGAGUGUUAAGGGUUCAUGCUAUUCAGAAUAGGUAUGAGUAUUGGUAUUUGCACAAUGACAGGGGGAGAAGAUGUCACUUUAGGGUAGUUGCAAGGAGGUCUGUGAACCAAGACUGUUGGAAGAUUAAGAGUCUGAAUUUGAAGCACAAGUGUUUCAGAGUUAGGAGAAAUUUAAACCUAACUGCUGAAUUUUUAGCUGAGAAGUACCUUGAGGAUUGGAGAAGUGAUCCAGGAUGGAAAAUAAAGAGCUUCAGGAGGAGGGUGCUAGGUGACACUGACAUUGAAAUUACAUACAACAAGGAUUGGAUGGCUAGGGCUAGGGCUAAGUUGCUGAUAUAUGGAUCAGCAGCAGAGCAGUAUGCUAAAGUUUGGGACUAUGGGAAGGCUAUCAUUAAGUAUAGCCCUGGUACUGUGUGCAAUGUUGUAGUAGAAGGAGUUGACCAGCCUAAGCCUCCUCAAUUCCUGAGAAUGUUCAUUUGCCUUGCACCUAUGGCAAGAGGUUUCCUGUCAGGCUGCAGACCACUGAUUGGAGUUGAUGGGUGCCAUCUCAAAGGCCCUUAUCCUGGUCAAAUACUAGUUGCAGUUGGUAAAGAUGGCAAUAAUAACAUAUAUCCUAUUGCCUGGGCAACAGUUGAGAUUGAGAACACACACACUUGGGUGUGGUUCUUAGAGAGUUUAAUGAAAGCCUUGAAGGAUGAAAAUCAAGGCCUUGGUUUUACCUUAAUGUCUGAUAGGCAAAAGGGUUUACUAGAAGCUAUGGAGCAGGUGGUGCCUUAUGCAGACAAAAGGUAUUGUGUGAGGCAUAUAUGGGCAAACUUCAAGCUACAAUUUAGUGGUGCAACUUUCAAGGAGUUGUUCUGGUCAGCAGCUAGGGCAAAAACUUUGUUUGACUUUGAAGUGGCAAUGGAAUCAAUUAAGUUUCUGUCUGAAGAAGCAUAUGAAUAUCUAGCUGAGAUCCCAGCUCAACACUGGUCCAGACAUGCAUUUAGUCCAUUCCCAAAGUCUAACAUGUUGCUCAACAAUGUAUGUGAGACUUUUAAUGCGGUCAUCAAAGAAGCAAGGGAUAAGCCAAUUUUGACUCAGAUGUAG